AUGCAGGCAGAACAGAACAAGAGCCAGAGGUCAACCCUUCCAUCCAAUGUGCCUUCCUCCAAGUCCCUGGCAUCCAAUGAAGACCGCCCCAGUGGUCAUUCCAGUAUCUCAGAUGGGGAACUUGCCCACAACUUACAGGAAAGUGUCAAGCACCGCAUCUUCUACCUCUCAGAGCAGCUGAAAGUGGAGACAGUCAGUCGGGAUGUGAACACGAUGAGCUACCUCAAGCUGGUGUCCAAAGCUGACCAACGCCAGGCCCUGUACAUCCGGCAGGCCUUUGAGAAGGUGAACCAGCGGGCUUCUGCCACCAUUGCCCAUAUUGAGCGAAGGCUUCGCCAGUGCCAACAGCAACUGCAAGAAUUGGAGAGCUGCAGGACCCCGGGCUCAAUGCUGAGGGUUGAGAGCAGCCUGGACAGCUGUGAACAGCCCAGCAUGAGGGCCUUAGCUUCUGAGACAUCCAAGCUAGGUGGGGAAGAUGGCAUGCUCACCAGUCUGCCUGACCUUUCCAAGGCCUUUUCUCUGAAGAACCACCUCUCAGCCUUGCAGCUGGGGAAAAUCUCAGAUACUAAGGCUGUGGCCAAGCAUCAAAAGCUGUUGUUGGAGAAGAUGAAGGAAAAUCUAAAAGAGGUCAGCAGGUUCCACAUUGGCCUUCAGGUGUCCUACCAGAGCCUCAAGGAGAGGUAUCUGAGGGAUCUGCAGGAAUCACUGCAAUCCCUUCAGAAGGAGAAAUUCAGACAAGCAUUGAUGGAAGAACAGGUGAAUGACCACUUGCAGGUGCACUUGGAUGAGAUUUACCACCUCAAACAGAAUCUGGCCUGCACUGAAGAGAAAAUGGCCUAUUUGUCCUAUGAAAGAGACAAGGAAAUCUUGGAGGUCAUGGAGAAUUUCAAGGAGCGAAUAUCCAAGUUAGAACAUCUACAGGAAGUCACUGAAGUGGGUAUGACAGCAAAGCUGCGAAGCUGUCCCCUGAAGUUUUUGUUCAGACUUGUAAGCCUGCUCCUCACCUUGGCCACCAUUCUCUUGGUCCUUGUCUCCACGGUGUGUUCCUGCCCCUUCACCCUGGUCAAGUCGCGUCUGCGCACAUGCACCAUACUCAUACUGCUUGGCUUCGGGGCACUGGUCUGGCACAAGUGGCACACUAUAGACUGGCAGGCUUGGAGCCCCUUUAGGUGGAGGCUGGACUCCAAGGACACUAAGACUUCAUCGGAUGAGCCUUAA